GAAGUGCCUCCCACCUCCCGGUACGCGCGGACGCGGCUUCCUUACCUCAUUUGUCCUCGCCCCUCCCCGUCCCUCUUCGCGUUUUGGUUCCUGGUUGGUGCUUCCUGGUCGCAGCGGCGUCAGUGAAAUUGAGGUUACUGACUUUCCAUGAUGUUUGGUGGCUAUGAGACUAUAGAAGCUUACGAAGAUGAUCUUUAUCGUGAAGAAUCAUCUAGUGAACUGAGUGUUGAUAGUGAAGUGGAAUUUCAGCUCUACAGCCAAGUUCAUUAUGCCCAAGAUCUUGAUAAUGCUAUCAGGGAGGAAGGACAUGAAGAAAAGAACUCUGGGAAUUCUGAGUUGAGUACUAAAUCACAUCAGAACUUAAUUGUCCUUUCCGAUAGUGAGGUCAUCCAGCUAUCAGAUGGGUCAGACGUCAUCACUUUGUCUGAUGAAGAUAGUAUUUAUAGAUGUAAAAGAAAGAAUAUUAGAGUCCAAGCACAGAAAAAGACCAGAGGCCCUCCUGCUUCUCCUUAUUCUGAGUUGGCUGAUAAGAAAUGCAAACGGGAAAUUGAGAAGCCUAAACCUGAAGAAAAAUCAGGUGUGAUCCGAGAGGUCAUGAUUAUAGAGGUCAGUUCAAGUGAAGAGGAAGAAAGCGUCAUUUCUGAAAGUGAAAACGUGGAAAACUGGAUGCUCCUGGGGUGUGAAGUAGAUGAGAAAGAUGAUGAUAUCCUUCUUAACCUUGUGGGAUGUGAAAACUCUGUUACUGAAGGAGAGAAUGAUGUAAACUGGUUCAUCAGUGACAAAGACGUUGAGGCCCAGAUAGGUAAUAACAAAUCAUCUGGAAGAUGGACCCGUCGAUACUAUUCAGCCAACAAAAAUGUUACCUGUAGAAAUUGUGAUAAGUGUGGUCAUUUGUCCAAAAAUUGCCCCUUACCACAAAAAGUCCGCGCCUGCUGCCUCUGCUCUGAGAGAGGACACCUCCAGUAUGCCUGUCCAGCCCGCUUUUGCUUAGACUGUUCUUUGCCAGUGUCUUCCACUCACAGAUGUCUUGAAAGAUCUUCCUGGAGAAAACGAUGUGACCGAUGUGAUAUGAUAGGCCACUAUGCUGAUGCUUGCCCAGAAAUCUGGAGGCAGUAUCACCUAACGACCAAACCUGGACCACCCAAAAAGCCGAACACCCCUUCUGGACAAUCAGCCUUAGUGUAUUGCUACAACUGUGCACAGAAAGGCCAUUAUGGACAUGAAUGUACAGAAAGGCGAAUGUUUAACCAGACAUUUCCAACAUCUCCGUUUAUCUACUACUAUGAUGACAAAUAUGAAAUUCGAGAGAGAGAUCAGAGAAUAAAACGAAAAGUAAAAGAACUCCAGAAAAAUGGGGAUUUUCCAAGGCAGUUCAAGAGACCACAUGUAGAAGCAGCAGAUAAGAGACCCCACCAUGACAUGAGGAAAAGCCAUAAAAACAGCAGGUGGCAUCAAGAGGAUAAAGAAACUCAGCGAAAAAUAAUGAGCAGGAAUAGAGACCCAGAGAAGCACAGGAAGGUUGACAGGCAUUGGGAAAUGAAUGAGGACUUUCCUAGGGGCCCAAAAACUCACGCUUCUCCCAGCAGUUUUAAAUCCCAGAAGCCCCACAAGUCCUUUCAUCACUCAUCACAUCACCACAAGCCAAGAGAGGACAAGCUUUCCAGAGACAGCAAGCGGAACAAGCAGAAGAAGAAGGGGAGAUAUGUGGAAGAUGAUGGCAAUGAUAAUUUAUUUCUUAUUAAGCAAAGGAAAAAAAAAUCUAAGUUGUGAUACGGCUGCUGAGUUGGCUUCAUGUCUACAACAUUCUACCAAUAUUUUUAUUAGCUGUAAUUAAAGAAAGGGACUUUUUUUGUUUUGAUUGUUUAAUUUCAGCCAUACUUAGAGUUACUGAACAAAGGUCAGAGAGAUCUGAAUUCUCUACAUCCUACAGGUAAUUAAGUAGAAAACAGAAAGAUAAACAUGGACCUUCUGUUGUAAUACCCUUUUUACUCAGAAUCUUUGGGAUAGAAAGAAAAAACAGACUUUUCAAGAAAACUUUUUAAAAAUACUUGAAAAAAUAAAAGUUCAUAAAUGCAGUACAUCUGCAGCAUGGAUGAAAAUUAAAUCUUUGUAGGAGGAGAAAUUAUUACUAAUAAGAAUGCAUCACUCAGCAUUACUUUGUUUUAACAUGGGAAAAAACAGUGGCUGUAAAUCUGAAUCUGGUUUUUCUUCUAAAACUUGUCAGAAUCUUUCUUUUGAGUAAAUAUCACAGGCUGACUACAAAAAAAUAAAGCCCGAAGGAAACAGAGAAUUGAGCUAUCAACAAAGUACAAAAAAGUGUACUUUUUACUUUUACAGUGAAAAUGUAAAAGACAAAUUUCCUGAAAUAUGUCAAAAAGUAUCAUCAAAAAUGUUAACACAAUCACACUGAAACAAUUUGUAACAUUUUUAUAGCCACCUUUCAAGAAGGCCAUAGGCAUAUAUAAAGAUGACUACAGACCAACUUAAAAAUUUGUUUUGUUUUCAUGGGUUUUUAAAACUAUCAUACAGAGAUACAGAAUUUUUUGUAUUGUGAACUUUUGUACUUCUCACAGUGUAAUGUUACAGUAAGAAAGAUAAAAUGUCUGAAAUAGAAUGAAUAAAUUCGUCUGUUAUGUAAAAUGAAUGACAAUGAGAGUUUGGGUCUCCAAGGACAUAGUUUUGUUGGACAAGUGACUAAAUGUAUAGAAUCAC